GCUCGUCAGGUCGACGGACGCUGCCUUGGAAACGACAUAAAUCCAGUCCACGCAGCUGGGUUGCGAGCAGGGACCCAGAUUUCCUCACUUCAAAGGCUUCCGCUCCUCUUCCUCCUCCUCCUCCUCCUCCUCUUCCUCCUCUCUCUCUCCACCCCUCCAUCCAUCCGUCCAUCCAUCAGUCGAGCGGCGAACAUGGGCGGUGUAAAAUGAAAUGCAGAACAGAGGAGAAGGAACGGAAGGAACCAUUUAAAUAAAAUAAAAAUUAGAGAGAGGGAGAGAAGAAGAAGGUAACGGGAGCGGCCGCAGCCAGCAGUAGACCAGCAUGCCGUUGGUGAAGAGGAACAUUGAGCCCAGGCACCUGUGCCGUGGGGCGUUGCCAGAUGGGGUGACCAGUGAAUUGGAGUGUGUUACUAACAGCACCCUAGCAGCCAUCAUCAAACAGCUGGGCAGUCUGAGUCGCCAUGCAGAGGACAUUUUCGGAGAACUGUUUAAUGAAGCCAACAGCUUCUACCUGAGGAUGAGCAGCCUGCAGGAGAGAGUGGACCAGCUGGCCGUGAAAGUCACCCAGCUCGACUCCACUGUGGAGGAAGUCUCCCUGCAGGACAUAAACAUGAGGAAGGCCUUUAAGAGUAGCACCAUCCAGGACCAGCAGGUGGUGUCGAGGACCUCCGUCCCCAACCCUGUGGUGGAGAUGUACCAUCGCUGUGACAAACCUCCUCCACUCAACAUUCUCAGCCCGUAUAGGGACGACAAGAAGGAUGCACUGAAGUUCUACACGGACCCCUCUUACUUCUUCAACCUGUGGAAGGAGAAGAUGCUGCAGGCCACAGAGGACAAACGCAAGGAGAAGCGACGGCAGAAGGGCUGUCCGGCCCACCCUGACAGGCCCCACUCCAGACAGGCCCCACCCAGGAGCCCCCUGUCCAUCUCUGAGCAGCAGAAGCAGGUUGAGGACCCGGGCAGAGAGGUGAAGAAGGUGCGUAAGGCUCGCAACCGACGUCAGGAGUGGAACGUCCUGGCUUACGACAAAGAGUUCAGACCAGACGCCAGGCUCACCCCCUCACCUUACCAUGGCAUGUCUUCAGAAGGCUCCCUGUCCCCUGAUAGCAGGUCAGUGGCGUCUGACUCCUACCCAGCCAGCCCCAACCACCCCUCCACCCAGGCCCCCCGCGCCGUCCACCCCACCGACCACCUCGCCAGGGACCACCUCAGCGCCGCAGCUCAGACUCAGUCACUGGAUCGAGGCCUCAGGCCGGCCAAUCAGCCCCCGGGUGCUGGAGGGCCGGCGGCUGCAGGGAGACACGUGGCCUCUCUGGGCAGGGCCCCAUCAGGACACGGGGUCCAGGCUGGUGGAGAUCCUACGGUUAAUGGGCCGAGGCAGUCAGUUAAGGAAUACCGGGCCGGGCACGGCGGCCAGCCCUCCACCAUCCCAGAAUACUAUAUCCCGCCUGCCCCUCCCCCUCCUCCACCAACCAUCCCCUCAGCCCAGACCGCUUUCGACUCCACCACGGCCCCGCCCUCCGCCUCGGCUGUCCCUCCCAACUCCUCUGCCCUCUCCCGCCCCUACUCCCCUUCCCCUCCUCCUCCCCCGGCCAACUACGUACCCUCCCCUGCCCACCCCCCCUCAGGUGUACCCCCUGCCGCUCCUCCCCCUCCUCCACCUGGAGUCCCUACAGGCCUCCAGGCUCACCCGUCACCACCGCAUGCUGCCGUCGGCCAGUCGGCUGUGGAUGCACCGCCCGCGACCAGAAAGUCCACCAUGCUGGGGAUGAUCCCGAUGAGCGACGCCCGCUCCGACCUGCUGGCUGCCAUACGUAGAGGUAUCCAGCUGAGGAAGGUGCAGGAGCAGAGGGAGCAGGAGGCAAAGAGGGAGCCCGUGGGCAACGAUGUGGCCACCAUCCUGUCGCGCCGUAUUGCUGUGGAGUACAGCGAGUCCGAUGACGACUCCGAGCUCGACGAGAACGAGUGGUCUGACUAAAAAAUGCUUAAAAAGAGUGAAAGAGAGAGAGAUGGGGGCUUGGUGGGUGGUGGUGACCGGGAGUAGGAGGGGAAGAAACAUCGAGACACUGAGGUGGAAAUGAAGCGGUAUUUUUACAGAAAAAAAUAUUCAAUAAAAUUCAACCAUUCAUACAUACAUACAUACACACCUACUUACAUCUUGUGUUGCAGCCUCUUUGAACAUCUAGCACUUCUACAGCAACAGGUUGGUCAUUUCAGCUUGCGUAGUUGCCCCUGACACCGCCUAAUCUUGAAGUGAAACCCUAGAGGUUUGUGUGUCUGACCGCCCAUGGUGCUUGGCACAAUAAACAAAUGCACAUACUCACAUUCACACCAUUUUUCAACACUUUCCCGCCCCCGUUGGCUCAUUUUUAACCAUUAACACUAAGCUGUGAAAAACAAACGCUCCAACUUCUUCCCCCCUACAUAUUUGAGUGAUAAUUAUUAGCAAUAUUACAGGCUCUGAAAGUGUAGGUAUGUGGGCCCCUAGUGAGUACGGGGGUAAUGUGUUUACAAAACACAUGGUAUAGCACAAGAAAAACUAGUGCAAUUUUAACUUUUCUGCCAAAUGUUAAGAAAGACUGUAUGAAAACAAGUCAGGAAAAUCAGGGAAAGAAUUUACUUAAAGGACUACGCCACCUCACAGGGCCGUGCCUGUUUACAAAACAUGUGCACUCUCCUUAAAAGGCUACGUCGUCAUUCUGAGAGUUUGGCUCAGUGGUCACCUUAACCUACACGAGACAAUAGAAUCAGCACAGAAACUAUCUCUAUGUGAUUUAACUCUGGCUGGUGUGCAUGCUAACAUAGAAUAUAUAGCAUGUUGGCUAACUGUAGUUGUAGCUAAUUGCAUUGUUAGCUAGCUUGAGUUCAAUUUCUGAACCUGCUGGGUUUUGUUAAAAUAUAUAACAUUAGGGAUAAAAGUCAUUGGAGCUAUUUAAAAUAGGAAAAGAUUUUGUAGAUCUUUUAGUAGAUCUCUUCUAUAAGUUGUAGCUUAUACAGAAAGUGAGCGAAAAUUAGCUUAACAGCUAAUAAUUUGAAGACCCGGUAUGUAUUUUUUGACACAGGUUUACUUUGAUGAUAAAUCAACAAUUUGCCUCUUACUCAACUGAUUUUAUACCAAAAUACAGGCCAAUUGUCCUGUUGUGUUGCCAAACCGUAUACUGCAUCAGAAAACAUUAACAAUUUAGGUUCAAGUGUUAAUAUACCUAUACAUUAAUUAAUGGGUAAUGGCAAGUUCCAGUCUUGUAUUUUCAAUUUUGGUAACAGGGCAAUGACUCUGUUUACAAUACUGUUUGUGUCUUUAAUGUCUUGUAUAUUACAUUUCAUUAAAUACUUCAAAAUAUCACCUGUGAAAACAUAAAAUAAUAUUAAGUAGCAUUCAAAAUGCUCAAGUUUCAUAUUUUUAAAUAUUUAAAAGGGGGUUUUGUAACUCAGUUUUUCAACAUGCUGUAUAAAGUUAAUAUGUCCUGUGACCUGACAUUAUGAUUACUGGACAUGCACUAGAAAUAGCCACAGAGAGAAAAGUGAUGCUGGUUCUCUUGUAAUGUUUUUGUUAAAGCGAUUUGAAGGCCAAACUCUCAAAGCCAGUGUAGUCCUUGAACUCGUACCUGUUUAACAUUGUGAUGUACAGUUCUCCUGUUGGGAUAGUGUAAUAGCUGAAACUGUGACGAAAGACGCCACCCACCCAGGUUUACGCUGGUUUGGGAAAACAAGUGCCACCAGCCUUGUCGAAGUUUCGUGAAAACUCCGCAUUCAGCCUUCAUAUCACAGCAUUGAACAAUAAAGUGAGCGAGCUUAUGCCAUUAAAUUUUA